AUGAGAAAUGGCUCUUUUUGCAUGACUAUGGUAUUGAAGAGAUCUGAACUGUGUGAGGAGACUCAUCACUGAAGUACCCUUGGAAAACUACAGAUCCGUUUGCAGCUGUUGAGCAUAGGUGUCUCCUGAAUUCUCACUAUGUCUGACGGGGACUAUGAUUACCUCAUAAAAUUUCUAGCACUUGGUGAUUCUGGAGUAGGAAAGACCAGCCUUCUUUACCAAUAUACGGAUGGCAAAUUUAAUUCCAAAUUUAUCACAACAGUGGGCAUUGACUUUCGGGAAAAGAGAGUGGUGUACAGGCCCAAUGGGCCAGACGGUGUUGGUGGCAGAGGACAGAGGAUCCACCUCCAGCUCUGGGACACCGCCGGGCAGGAAAGGUUUCGUAGCUUGACAACAGCUUUCUUCAGAGAUGCCAUGGGGUUUCUUCUGCUCUUCGAUCUGACGAAUGAGCAAAGCUUUCUAAAUGUCAGGAACUGGAUAAGUCAGCUACAAAUGCAUGCAUAUUGUGAAAACCCUGACAUUGUGUUAUGUGGAAACAAGAGUGAUCUGGAAGACCAAAGAAUGGUGAAAGAAGACGAGGCUAAGGAACUUGCAGAAAAAUAUGGAAUACCGUAUUUUGAAACCAGUGCAGCUAAUGGGAAUAACGUAAGCAAAGCCAUUGAAACUCUGCUUGACCUCAUUAUGAAGCGCAUGGAACGGUGUGUGGAUAAAUCCUGGAUCCCAGAAGGGGUGGUGCGCUCCAAUGGGCACAGCUCUACAGAACAACUGAAUGAGGAGCAAGAAAAAGGCAAAUGCAGCUGUUAAGUCAGUUACAAUUAAGAUUAAUGUAUGCGCUAAGUUAUAGUACAGUUGCAGUUCAGCUGUUCAACUCAUGGACAAAUCACAUUGUGUAGUUCUUCAAUGAUAAUUUGGUGUAGCACCAAAUCUUCCUCUACUUAUCUGCUUUAAAGGGAAGGAGAGGAAUUUUCACUACCAAAUUUAUAAACCUCUUCCUGUGUGGGCGGUGAGAAGGGGUUGGCUCCUGAAUGGAAGGAUUCUUAGUUGCCCUUUGAAGGCUCCGUUAACUACACAGACGAGGCAUUUAGAUUAGAUACCGUGACAGCUCUCGGUCUCUGCCAACAGCAAGCUUACCAACAUGGUUCUUGGUUUGAAGAGAAACAUUUAGUAAUUUUAUCAGUCAGUAACAAUCCUAAAGAGCAAAUCCUAUGUUUUCCACAAAAGCCUGAGAGUAGCUUUUCCUUGCUCUCUCAAACCAUUGGCUUUUAGUGAUGAAAACCCAAAGAAAGCUAUUCUAUAUAGAAGAAAAAACUCCAGAAAAGCCUGGGCUGCAUAUGUAGAGCACUUUGGGUAUGUCAUGAAAUCGAACAUGUGAACUACAACUGUACUAUGUAAAAUAUAUUCAACACAGCCUCUGGGACCUCCUGACGUCAUCUGAAUUUCUAGAACAUGCACACACAUAUUUUAUAUGUAAAUGGCAUAACUGUGCAUCUGCUGUUAUGUUUCUUUUGUAUUACCACUCAUGUUUUAACAGGAAUGUGGAGCAACCUAGAUCACAGCAGAAUUUCAUGAGAGCUGGUGCUUUGCACUGAAUUUGUUUUACCACACACAGAUUUGGAAAGUUUCUUCAAAUUUGAAUUGAAAAAUGAGUUAUGAUUGUGUUCUGGUGAGAUGCAGCUGAGAUACUAGUCCUGUCUAGAUCAGUAUUUCUAUAAAUUUAUAAUGCUUAUUUUAUUCUGCCAGCCUUUCUGUCCUGUACAUCUUGGCUAUCGUAUAUUCAUUUACGGCUUGUUCAUUUCCUUUACGUUGCGUUUAAAAACGAAGAGAGUUGCUUUUCUUUUUCCCCUCCUACAGAUCACAUAAAUGCCAAUUUUGGUUUCAGUGGAUCAUGUUACUUUUUGAUCAUUUUAUUUAUUCAUGCAACUUAAGGAACAAUCAGUAUUUUUGGGGUCUUUUUCCCAGCCUGAUUUAUAAGAAGUGCCUACCAAACGGUUUCCUACCCUGCAAAGUAUUGCCAGUUAAAGUCCUAACGUGCCAGACUGAGUCUUGUAACAGACCUUCCGCAGCAGUUUGUUCACGAAACUCCAAAGCUAUUCCUUAUUUAGAAAUGAUGUAUUUAUUUAUUUAAACGCUCUAGCUCCUGCAGCUUCAGGCAAACAUCGAUACCAGUUGUGAACAUGAAUUCACAGCAUAACAAAUGGUUUUUUAAGGACAAAAAAUGUUUCUAGAAUAGGAGCUAAUAAAAAAGUAUAUAUGUUUGACGUAGCCUCUGGUUAUUAAUAAUGCAAGAAUAAGUGUUAAAACCUGGUUCUUAAAAUAUUUUAUAAAGUAAGGCAUUGUUCUUUAACACACGCAACAUGUAAUAUUAGAUUUUUAUCAGAGCCUACACAGGAUAUUUUAAAAGUGCAAUAUAAUUUGCCUGCGUUGGGACUAGGACAGAGAUUAAAGCAAUUUAUAUUAAAUGACUGUAGAGGUUUUUUUCUGCUAUACGAUACCAAGGUUCUAAAAUGCUUGUGGACCAGAGUUACUGCAGUUUAACUCCAAGUGCCUUUUGAUUUUAGCAUCGUGUUUCUGACCAGUAGAACGUCCAACUCUACUGUAGGACGCAAUACAUUUUAAUGUACUUCAGUGUCUGAGUUUCUUCUGCUGUAACUCUGCUUUUCAGAGGGCUGCAGGGGAACUUCGUCAGGCAUUAACUUUACUGGGAGUUUGUGUGCUUAUAGCUCCAUCCAGGUCCUGGAAACAGUAAGGAUUGUUGCAACCAGCUACUGAGCUAAGUGACUACUGAAAUGGUGUAAAAAUAUUUCCUUUUGAAUACUUAUGUUUAGAUUGGAUAUUAAAUAUUGAGUAUUAAAUGCCAAAACUGUCAUUUUUGUGUCACACGUAUUAUAUGUAAUUAUUUAUAAGGAGAGUCUACAUUAAAUUGCUUUGAUGACAGGCUUUGAAA